UUCGGCAUCCUCGGUCCAGAUGAUCAUUUGCCUGCCUCAUUCAUCCGGACUAUGCAACGAAUCUGGGCGAAUAAUGGGGAUGCGAUCAGUCAGCAAUAUGCGGGCACUAUUGCAAUGAAGGUGAGUGGUAGUUUAAUCGCAUCUCUCUCUCUCUCUCUUUCGCAGUCUUCCGUACUGCCUCAGAGACAAUCGGCAUCUCUCCCUGUCAUUGAUAUGCUCCCCGUCUUAAAGUCCAUGNNNNCCUCCUCCUCCUCUUCCUCCACCACCACCACCACCACCACCAGUUCAGUUCACUUCAGUUCUUACAACCAUUAA